UAUGAAAAAAAUCUGACCAAUCGAUAACAGGCGCUUCCAAGCGCAUGGUCAUGGUAUAUUAAAUGAUACUCGUUACAGACAUGCAGCAGAACUAUCCUUCCUACUUUCUCGAUGGAUGAAAAUAAUCCCUCUCGGAAGACGCCCAGGGGAUGGUUGAAACCACGUCGUUCAGACCCUCAUCUGGUACAGGAGAGAGGCACGAGGGCAGCCAGUCGAGAUCCGUCCUCUCUCCCUGCUUCAAGCCAUGGGUUUCAUGAACAAUUUUCAGGCUUGGUUCCCAAGUUCGUCAGCAAAGUGACCAAGCGCUUCGGUCGAGGCGCUAGGCAGUCUCCCAACCCUGAACCCACAGCUGCAAGUUCCAGCUCACAGGACAUCCAACAUGUUCAGUCAAACAAGGAUCUCACUGUUCCUACCCUCGAACCGAAUCCUGAGCAGUCUUCCAAUUCGGGUAUUGCAGAAGCCGAGCAUCUUGACCUGAAAUUUGUGAACGAAAGAAUUGCCGAAGUUACCAAAGGUGUUGCAGACAUCGGCCAGGUCCCAACAAUAGUCCAAGAAACUUCUUCCGCGAUCAACAACCUACCAUCUGUUUCUACUAUGAUCGAUACCACAAUCGACAACUUCUCCGCGUUUCUUCGACCCUUGAAGGCGUUCAACUCCAUCGCCAACUCUAUUGCAAAUGUUUAUCCCUACGCGAAGGUUGCAUUGAGUAUCUUCACUUGCGCAUCCAAGAUGAUUCUCGAUCAGGCGGAACGUGAUGUUGCCGUUUCUACUCUACUCUCAAAAAUAUCUGAAGUCUAUACAUUCAUCACGGAAGAGGAGGAAUUGACCAAGAUUGAAUCUAUGGUAGCGAUAUAUGAGAAGAUAGCGCACCAGACUUUAGAGUGCGCUGAUUUUAUUAGCCAUUACUCUGAGACGAAGAGCGCCUGGAAAAGGCUUGGCAAGCACAUUUUCGACGAGACGGAUGCAACGAUUCAGAGCUACAACAACGUUCUCGACGGUCUCAUGCAGCAAUUCCGAGACAGGGCGGCUCGCGACACCGUUGUAAUCGUCCGCCAUAUGGCUGAGAGUCUGGACCUCGUAGGGAUGGAGUCCGCGGCGGGCGCCGGAUUGAAUUCGUCCAAAUGUUGUUUGCCAAACACUCGGAAAGACAUUCUGAGUGAUAUUCAGAAUUGGAUCAGCAGCACUGAGGAGGGCGCUCCUUGCGUGUUUUGGUUGUCUGGCACAGCAGGCAAGGGUAAAUCGGCCAUUGCCCAUACAAUAGCGAAGUGGUAUAUCGAAAACGGUGGUCUUGGCUCAUGCUUCUGCUUCGAUCGUACUCGGCAAGCGGGUAGACGUCAGGACAAAAUAUUCACGACCGUCGCAAGGGAAUUGGGGGACUGCAACCCUAUCGUGCGACAAGCCUUGGCGCAGGCAGUUCGUGAUCACGACGGACUCGAGCGCACACCGGAUAUCACAAAACAAUGGCAGGAACUCAUCGUUGAACCGAUAAGUAUAGCCUCAAAAGCGAUGGCUGCACCCGUCCUGAUUGUCAUUGAUGCAUUGGACGAGAGCGGGGAAGCUAAUUCUCGCGAACAAAUUCUUUGUCUGCUCGCUGGCAAACUGAACACUUCUACCUCACAUUUAUCUGAACUCCCACCCAACUUCCGCAUUCUCCUCACUUCCCGCCCACUUGAAGACAUUCAUAACACUCUGCACGCCGCCCCACAUGUUUGCCAUGUUUCCCUGGAUAACGUCCCAUCUGAAUUCACAAAGCUCGACAUUCAGCUGUAUAUCUCCCACAAGCUGGAAGACCUGCGCUUGCGUCGCAUCCUCAACGAUGCGCACUUCAAGGAUCUGGCUCUGAAAUCUGACGGCCUGUUUGAAUGGGCUUGUCUCGCCUGUGAGUACAUCAAAGCUACGAACAAAGUGAGCGUGGGUCCGAAAUCAUGCCGGAGGACGAGCGCGGGGAAGCUAUCCCGGUGUUUUGCUCAGUGAUGGGGCAAAUCCUCGCCUCGUUGGAACCACUCUCCAUGCCUGCGUUGAUCGCCAUGCGAUUGCAUUUUCCCGAAGAGAGCGAUUACGAAAUGGACCGGGUCCUUGGGCCACUAGGGUCCCUUUUGACCAGCACCUCAGAUUCCGAUUCUCCCAUACAUCCCCUCCACGCAUCCUUCUAUGACUUUCUCACAGACAAAUCACGGAGCCAUGACUUCUUCGUUGAUCCAUCAGCAGUACAAAGAGAUCUUGCCUUUGCCUCGCUUCGAGUCAUGGACUCAGA